AGCUGGGGAGAGAUAAAUUGUGGACUUCAGGACGCAGGCUGCUGUACGGACAGCAGCCUUUCCGGGACCUGUGGUCUAAAAGCGAAGAAGAUGAGUGCGCCGGGAGACACAGCCUGGACAGACUCUGAAGGAUUCAGAGGCACCAUGACUGCCGAGGAGGACGCCAAGUGGCUUCAGUGGGUGACGCACCAGUUUAAGACUAUUGCGGGAAACGAUGGGGAGAUCAACCUGCAAGACUUCAAAAAAGCCCUGCAGGUGAAAGAGUCUUUCUUUGCUGAGAGAUUCUUUGUCCUGUUUGACUCGGAUGGAAGUGGCACCAUCACACUUCAGGAGCUGCAGGAGGCACUGACCCUGCUCAUCCACGGCAGCCCCAUGGACAAACUCAAAUUCCUCUUCCAGGUGUAUGACGUCGACGGCAGCGGCUCCGUCGACCCCGACGAGCUGCGCACCGUGCUGCAGGCGUGCCUGCACGAGAGCGCCAUCUCGCUGCCCCAGGAGAAGCUGGACCAGCUGGCGCUGGCGCUCUUCGAGUCGGCCGACAAGGACUGCAGCGGCACCAUCACCUUCGAGGAGCUCCGAGACGAGCUGCAGCGCGUCCCCGAGGUCAUGGAGAACCUGACCAUCAGCGCUGCUCGCUGGCUAACGCCCCCUGCUCCCCCGCGACACCAGCGCCCACCUCGCCCGCUGACCUCUGCCUACUGGCACAACCACCGCAGCCACGCGCUCUGCCUGGCUGCCUUCGUGGGCCUCCACGUGCUGCUGUUUGCCCUGGCAGCUAGUGCCUACCGGGCCUUCGGAGCCAGCGUCAUGGUGGCCAAGGGCUGCGGCCAGUGCCUCAACUUUGACUGCAGCUUCAUCGCGGUGCUGAUGCUCAGGCGCUGCCUCACGUGGCUGCGGGCCACGUGGCUGGCUCAGGUCCUGCCGCUGGACCACAACAUCCAGUUCCACCAGCUUAUGGGCUACGUGGUGGUCGGGCUCUCGCUGGUGCACACCGUGGCCCAUGUGGUGAACUUCGCGCUCCAGGCUCAGUCUGAGGCCAGCCCCUUCCGGUUUUGGGAACUCCUGCUCACCACGAGACCUGGCAUCGGCUGGGUUCACGGCUUGGCUUCCCCGACCGGCGUGGCUCUGCUCCUGCUGCUGCUCCUCAUGUUCGCCUGCUCCAGCUCCUGUGUCCGCAGGAGAGGCCACUUUGAGGUGUUCUACUGGACCCAUCUGUCCUACCUCCCCAUGUGGCUCCUGCUCAUCCUGCAUGGGCCCAACUUCUGGAAGUGGCUGCUGGUCCCUGGCACGUUGUUCUUCCUGGAGAAAACCAUCAGCCUGGCAGCGUCCCGCAUGGCGGCCCUGAACAUCGUGGAAGUCAAUCUCCUCCCUUCCAAGGUCACUCAUCUCCUCAUCAAGAGGCCCCCUCUUUUCCACUACAGACCUGGUGACUACUUGUAUCUGAACAUCCCCAGCAUCGCACGCUACGAGUGGCACCCCUUCACCAUCAGCAGUGCUCCUGAGCAGAAAGACACCAUCUGGCUACACAUCCGGUCCCAGGGCCAGUGGACCAACAGGUUGUUUGAGUCCUUCAAGAAAUCAGACCCAGUGUUCUGUGGUUCCAAGAGGCUCUCGAGGAGGUUGGAGAUGAAGAGGAGUCAGAGGAAGUCCCAGCAGGGCGUGCAGCCCCAGCCCAUCGAUUUCCGAGCCUCAGCACAGAGUGCAGUAGCCUCCAGCAAGGAGGUGACUGUGGAGCUGACAUCCUACAGGCCGGAGGGAACUCUGUGGCGGGAGCGCGAAGGCAUGGUGAACACGGGGACAAAGGAUAGGACUCGGGCACUGAGGCAAGCUGCAGCCGAGGACCGGGUCCUGGUCUCCGAGAUGUGCUCUGAGAACCACCAGUUCUGUAACAUCAAGUGCUACAUCGAUGGCCCUUAUGGGACCCCCACUCGCAGGAUCUUUGCCUCCGAGCAUGCUGUGCUCAUCGGUGCAGGCAUUGGCAUCACGCCCUUUGCCUCCAUCCUGCAGAGCAUCUUAUACAGACACCAGAAGAGAAAGCACAUUUGCCCCACUUGCCAGCACUCCUGGAGGGACAGUGGUCAGGACGAGGACAUGAAACUCCACAAGGUGGACUUCAUCUGGAUUAACCGAGACCAGCAGUCUUUCGAGUGGUUUGUGAGCCUGCUGACCAAACUGGAGAUGGACCAGGCUGAGGAGACGCAGGAGGGCCGUUUUCUGGAGCUGCACAUGUACAUGACCUCUGCGCUGAGCAAGAACGAUAUAAAGGCCAUUGGUCUGCAGAUGGCCCUCGACCUCCUGGCCAAGAAGGAGAAGAAGGAUUCCAUCACAGGCCUCCAGACACGCACCCAGCCUGGGCGGCCUGACUGGAACAAGGUGUUCCAGAAGGUGGCCGCUGAGAAGAAAGGCAAGGUGCAGGUCUUCUUCUGUGGCUCCCCAGCUCUGGCCAAGAUCCUCAAGGGCCACUGUGAGCAGUUCAGCUUCAAGUUUUUCCAAGAGAACUUCUAGCCCUGCCUCUCCCAGCUCUGCCCAAACCCACUCUGCCCGCCAGCCUGAUCAGACUGCUGCUAGUGCCCUGCAGGGACCAGCCUCAAGAGGACCCAGCAAAUCCAGCCCCACAUGCAGAACAGCAGGCCCUAGGAGGCAGAUGGACUUCCUUGAGAGCCCAGGGGGAGGGCGGGGCCUUGUGGGGUGCUGCUGUGAGUUUGGGAAUUGCUGUGGGGCUGGGCAGACUUGGUCGGUGGGUAGAGGGGUGGAGGUGACGUGGUUGGGGAGCACAGGGGGCCUUCCCAGGGCAACCCGUCUUCCAGAAGUCCUCUGAGGACACCUUCCCUCCUACUACAGUGGCCCCAGACCCACCUGAUCAUCAUGAUCAUUCCGGAACUUCCACACACACAGCAUUUCAUUAUGAAAAUGUUCAGACAUACAGAAAAUUUAAAGACUCUUCCAGGGAACAGUGUUACCCACUUUUUAGAUUCCUCAGUUAACAUUUUGCUGUGUUUGGCUUACUGCAUAUUUUCUAUCCCCCCCUCCCUCUAUUCAUCCAUCAGGCUAUCCUGUUUUUCUGAUGCAUUUCAAAGCACACCUUGCUACUCAGAGGAACCUUCUUUAAAGGUAGAUUCCUUGGACCCAUGCCCAGAAAUUCUGAUUCUGAAGAUCUGGGGUUGAGACGUGGAAUGUGUGUUUUAUCCAGAAUCCAUGUCCAUAGGGAGAGAUGAGCAGCUAGUUUUCUCUUCUCUUUAUGAUGUUGUCUUCCCAUCUCUCUCUAUAUCUGUGUCCCUUUUCUUCUCUCUGUCUUUCUCCUUGUGUCUCUCCCCUGUGUUGGCCCUUCCUUGCUUGGCAUGAUGCUUCUCCCUUCUCUCCACACACUGAGUCAUUAGAGAAGUGGGGUGGAGACAGAGUCUCGGUGUGUGUUUCCAGGGGAGUCAGAGAAGUCCUGUGCCUGGGAAUCUGGCAGGUUGUGGCUUGUAGCUCAGUUCAGCUGUGCCCCAGUGGUGAGCCCUGGAAACCUCCUUGAGCUUGUUUCAUCUGAAGGAUGGGCCUGAUGCCCCGCCUCCCCGAUCACAGUUGCUGGGGGUGAAAUGAGACAUCACCAGUCGUGCUCAGGACAUUCAUCCUCUGUCCCUGGCUGGCUUUUUAUUGCUCCAGCAUCUGAGUCUCUGCAUCUUCUCUCUAUUUCAUGAAAGUGAAAGUGAAAGUCGCUCAGUUGUGUCCAACUCUUUGAGACCCCAUGGACUAUGCAGUCCAUGGAAUUCUCCAGGCCAGAAUACUGAAGUGGGUAGCCUUUCCUUUCUCCAGGG